AUGUUCACUUGCUGUGGAGGUGCCAAAGAGGACACCGUUCACGAUUCACCUGCAAGUAAUAACAAUGCAGCACCACCUCGAGGACCCCCUUCUGGAAGAGUAGGAGGAGGAAGUACAAGAGGAGAGCCAAGGGCUAGUGGAGCAGGAAGAAGUGGGGCUCCUCCGAAAAUCCUACCCAUUGAAACACCAACAUUGUCGUUGGAUGAGCUCAAUAAAAUGACUGAUAAUUUUGGUUCCAGGGCUUUGAUUGGAGAAGGUGCUUACUGUCAGGUUUUCCAUGGAAAGCUAAGCGACGGCCAAGAAGUAGUAGUAAAGAAGCUCGAUGCCAGCUCAUCAUCAGAGCUUGACACUGAUUUCACAGACCAGUUAUCGAUAGCUUCAAGACUUAAAAACGAAUGUUUUGUCGAGUUGCUUGGUUAUUGCUUGGAGGAUAACAACCGAAUCUUGGUAUAUCAGUAUGCAACCAUGGGUUCUUUGCAUGAUAUAUUACAUGGUAGAAAGAGUGUACAAGGGGCUGCACCGGGUCCCCCUCUCACUUGGAUCCAAAGAGUUAAAAUUGCUUAUGGAGCAGCAAGAGGUUUAGAGUAUUUGCAUGAAAAAGUUCAACCUCCUAUCAUUCAUCGUGAUAUUCGCUCAAGCAAUAUUCUUGUAUUUGAUGAUUUUCUAUCCAAAAUAGCCGAUUUCAACUUGAGCAAUCCUUCUGACACUGCAGCUCACUUGCACUCCACAAGAGUUUUGGGAACUUUUGGCUACCAUGCUCCAGAGUAUGCGAUGACCGGGCAAAUAAGUCAAAAGAGUGAUGUUUAUAGUUUUGGGGUUGUUCUUUUAGAACUUUUAACCGGAAGGAAACCGGUGGAUCAUACAUUGCCCAAAGGAGAACAAAGUCUUGUCACUUGGGCAACUCCAAGAUUGAGUGAGGAUAAAGUAAAGCAAUGUGUUGAUCCAAAAUUAAAUGAUGAUUACCCUCCCAAAGCUGUUGCCAAGUUGGCAGCAGUGGCGGCACUUUGUAUCCAAUAUGAGGCAGAUUUCCGGCCAAAUAUGACAAUUGUUGUGAAGGCUUUGCGGCCUCUUGUCAAUGCUAGAACAUCAACAGCACGCACAGAGUCUCAGGCUAAUUAGCAUAGCAACAAGGCAUGAAUGACCAGAUGUGUUCAUUUGAAUCCCAUAUUUAUACCAAAACCAAAGUAUGACAAUGGUCCAAAA